AAAAUGAGUGGCCAUAACUUAAGAACAAUGAAAAGUGGCUUCGGGGUGAUCUCCCAGCGCUACAGAGACAAGCGUGAACAGAUCUUAAUGAGGGAAAUUGACCGGAGAGCCAAAAAAGAAGAGGAAAAAAAUAGCCGGAAACGGAAUAAGAAAAGGAACAAAAUGACCCAAGAGUUCCUCUCAGAAUGAUUUGAAAGAAACCAGCAUACUACUACCAAGAAUGACAUCAUGCUUAAUAUUCCAAGACAUGAAAGAGAAGGGGUUUAUACACAACCUGGUAUUGUUAUUGACCGGGGACGACAAGAGAAGAUCAAAGGUAUCCGUGAGCAGGAACAGAAGGAGAGGGAAGAAAGGAUAAAGAAGCAUGAUAGCAAAGCUUAUAUUCAUAAUCAGAAAUUAGACUUGAAUUUACUUGAAAAAACUAGGCAUCAUGUCUCUGAGGGCUCAGCUCAAGAUCUGCAUGCAAAGAUAGCAAAAUAAAGGUAUUAUUCAAGUUAAUAAAAUGAGAAAUAAGUCAGAAAUCGUCAAAAAGAAUUCUAAAGAGGCAGAUCAGAGUAACUCACAGCUACAUAAAAAGCCUCCAUUAGCAACUAAAGGUCACAAAAAGGCAGUAUCCUUUGGCUCACAUUCUUACUUCAACAAUAAUUGUUUAAUUAUAAAUCCCAAAGUUGACGCCUCAAAUCGCCAGAUUCAGCUGAUCAAUAACUUCAGGAAUGAUCGUAAAAUCCUUGAGGAUAUGCUAUUAAUGGGUAAAUAAGGAAAUAAAAAUGUUCAAGCCCUCUCAACCAGGAAUAUUCGAUUUCGAAAAUACCAUUUCAAUCAAAUAAAAUGGCUCAAAAGAGACAAAUGCUGAUUGAUGCACGGAAGAAAGUGUUUAGAGAAGAAUUUGACAGCUUUGAUGAAGACAUCAAAAAGAAAACACCUCGAAAGAUUUCUUCCAUACCAAUCUUACAACCCAGGUUAAAUGGAGGCAGCCCUUUCUGAAGUCCUGAGAGGGAAUGGAUCUCUGAUAGUGAAAUCAAGCCCAACCUUGGCUCUCAUCUAAAUUAUAUUGACACUUCUAGUUUCCUAUCCAAAUAUACUGAUCCGAACAAAACUAGAAUUGAGCUGAAUGGGCAUAAAUAAAGCAAAUUCUCAACUAAUAGAGCCCCGUAAACCUCCAAUAGAUUUAGGCAACUUCAGUGAUUCAGAGAGUAAUGCAUCUCAAGAGAAUUCUUCUUCACUUAAAAAGACCAUUAACAAACAAGAAAAGUCUAAUUCCAGUCUGGAACCUUCAAAAUUAUCCAAAAAGAAGGCUUAUUCGACUCCAAAUUCUCCUAAAAAGAGAGGAAAGACGCUCCUGACUACUACAGCUGGUAAUAAGAGACAUAAAACAUUUGCUAAAAUAAAAUCUCUUGUGAGGAACAAGUAACCAGUUCAUGACCUAUGCUCUUCAUGACGAGCUCCAGCCCAAGCCAUAUGUAUACAAGCCGAGUGAAAUCAGACAUGGAGAAACAGGCUUGGAAAAAUUCUCCCGGUUUGGCAUGAUCCUGAAUUCUCAGGAGGAAGAGUCUCACAAUCAUAAUGUUUCCAAAGAAGAUAGUAUCUUCUCAAUGUCAGAUAAAAUAAAUCCUCCUGAGAAGAGUCUGAACAACAAGCUUUCCAAUUUCUUUGGUGAAAAUCUUGCAGAGAAAUUCCGACCUGAAAAGAUCUCUAAAAUUAAGGCAGAUAAGUCUGCAAAGUUUCACAAGAGUCCUGAUUUGCACCCUACUUCUCCGAAAAUGAGUUUCAACCCAUGUCCAAACCAUGGCUCCUUCUCCACUCUAAACCCUAGUCCCUCGGCACUCUACUUCUCAAAGACCGGUUCCAAAGUGAGGCCUGAACGGGAAAAGAUCACCAAAGAAAGGAAGGUCAGGGAAGCCAAAUAUAUAGAAAGAGACAAGCGCAUGCAGAAGCUGUUCAAAGAGUAAGUGUUCUAGGUAGCCGAUAUCGAAGGGUCGUUCUGGUAGUUUAGGAAGCAGAAUAGUGCCAAUAUGAGCCAUAAGCAAGCAGAGAAGGGAUGUCUUAACUACUUUAUAUUAUAAGUGAGGAUUAAGUGAGAAACGCAUAGUUAAUUGGGGUCUAUUAUAUACUAAUGAGCUAUCCAUUAUGAUACAUGAUCUUAUUAGCAAGUUCUUACAAUAUUAGGAUGCACGAAGAUACUUAUAAGCGAAAAGCCAAUAUGUUUAUAAAGCAAAAAUAAAAUCAAAAAGACUAUUUUGGAACAGCAUUCACAGAAGUUUAAGGAACAAGAAAAGCAACUUAUGUUGAUGAAGAUAGAAAGAGAAAAUCUUAAAAAUAUGAGGACUCCCCAAGUUGAUGAGAUAGAAGAAGAAUUGCUUAAGUAAGUAUCAUAAGAAUAGCAAACUUGUCAUAAAGAAAAGGAGAAAUAAUCAGACUAACGUCACUGAGAAGCAGCUACAAAAUUUGGUAAAAUGUAACAAUCUCUAAUAAUUGCAUCUAGACAAGCACAAGAAGAUUCUGGCUUCUAAAAAGCGAAUAUGGGCAGGAGAGGAAGGCAAAUUCAAACAAAGCGAGCUAAAACAGUACUUCAAACACUUCGAUGCUUACCAACUUUUCAUCAAGAAAAACAAGAAGAGCUACAAAUUCCUUCGUGAUACCAAGAAACCACCCAAAAAUCCCUAACAUUAAUUC